UGCUACAAGCGGGACUACGAGAGUGACCGCGAGAACCGGUCCCCUGAGCGCUGCUCCCGUGAGCACCACCGUGGGGCCGACUUCUCCAAGAGCUCCCUGCCCGAGAGGGGCCGCUUUGACAAGUGCCGUAUCAGGCCCUCGGCCUUCAAGGCGGUGGCUGGGAAGGGGCUGGUCUCCAUGCAGGGCCUGUCCUCGUCCAAGGGGCAGAAACUGUCCAAGAGCAAUGGUAGCCUGCACACGCUGCUGUCACAGAGCAGCACAGUGGCCUCGCAGCAUGGCCCGCUCCGCACCCACCUGCUCCACGCCAUCAGCCUGGAUGAGGCCUCUGACUCCAGCCACAACUCCAUUCAGAGCUUCCCCUCCUAUGGCUCCCCUCCAGAGGGCCCCCGCCUCAAGCCUGCCCAGAGCCAGUUCAGUGCCUCUAUGGGCCACAUCAAUCACAUCGGGGGCUCCUUGGACAGGGUCUCCCGGAGCCCCAGGGACCCCCUGGCCCCUGAGAAGGCACCCCUUUCCUGCAAAAGCAUGGCCACGCUGAGCCGGCUGCAGAGCCCUGGGGAGCCCCCACCGCCCUACGAGUUCACCUACUCACUGGAGGAUGCGGUGAAGCAGCUGGAGGACCGGCUACAGGAGACAGGAGGAGAGCUGCGGCAGCUCAAGAGGAGCCUUAGUGAGACCGAAGACCCCUUCACGCAGGAGAAGAAGAGGCUGCAGGAAGAGCUGAGCAUGCAGCAGUGCCAGUGUGAGGAGCCCAAGGUCCGGCAGCCCCAGGGUGAGCGCAUCAGCCCCAAGCUGGAGGAGACCAAGUGGGAGGUGUGCCAGAAGGCAGCGGAGAUCUCCCUGCUGAAGCAGCAGCUCCGGGACACCCAGGAGGAGAUGGCUCAGAAGCUGGGCGAGAUCUUCAGCCUGAAGACACAGCUGCGGGAGGCCAAGGCAGAGGUCCAGGCCAGGGACUCCCAGCUGGCACAACUGGCAGACUCCUUCCAGACACCGCUGGAGCCCGUUGCGCCGCUGCCGCUGGGUGAUGACCCCAUGCCAGCGUGCCAGGACUUCCCCGGCUGCGAAACUGAUGACUCCAAGUGCCGGGGCCUUCACAGUGACACGGCGGAGCCCCUGGAGCGGCAGGUGGAGUUGCGGGAGCGGCGCCAGGGCCAGCUGCAGGCUGUGAACUUUGAGCUGGAGAGGAAAACCUGGCAGGAGGAGAAGGAGAAGGUGCUGCGGUACCAGCGGGAGCUCCAGGCUAGCUACAUGGAGAUGUACCACCGCAGCCAGGCAUUGGAGCGGGAGCUGCGGCAGCUGCGGUCGGAGCCCAGGGAUGUUGGGGCUGACUCGCCGUGGAUUGAGCGGGUGGAGUCCUCGAAGAUCUGA